GCACACGGACGAGGAGGAGAGGGGCCUGUCAGACACGGUGGAGAUAGGUUUUUGUUCUACUCACCUCACAGAGCCACACUCAGGUCCGGUCACCGUCCACGGUCUGUGCGUAAAGGCGCACAGCCAAAAGACAACUUUACGCGCCCCAAAGAGUGCUUCCCCCUCCGGCUCCCCACAGUCGAUGGUGCUUUCGUGUAAGCAGAUUAGUAACUUUCACACCGGGUGGUGCUGAGUGCUGGCCGGUCCGACCCAGUGUCCCGGGUCAUUCAUGAGGCUGGAGGCCGCAGCCAGGAUGGAUGUGUUCAGGAAGCUGUGGGCAGCGCGGAAGCUGAUCGUCGUCGUCUUCAUCCCGUUGUCUCUGCUGCCACUACCGCUCAUCCACCCCACCAGCGAGGCAUGCUGUGCGUACGUGCUGAUGGUGACCGCUGUCUACUGGGUGUCUGAGGCUGUUCCUCUGGGGGCUGCUGCUCUUGUACCCGCUUUCCUCUAUCCGCUCUUUGGGGUGCUCAAAUCCAGCGAGGUGGCGGCUGAGUACUGUAAAGACACCACUCUGCUGCUGAUGGGAGUCAUUUGCCUGGCGGCCUCCAUAGAGAAGUGGAACCUGCAUAAACGCAUCGCUCUGCGCAUGGUGAUGAUCGCAGGGGCCAAGCCUGGCAUGUUGGUGCUGGGCUUCAUGUGCUGCACAGUGUUCCUGUCCAUGUGGCUCAGCAACACAUCCACCACGGCCAUGGUAAUGCCCAUAGCCGAGGCCGUCCUGCAGCAGCUGAUCUGCACCGGCCUGGCCGACGGCCACGUCGACUCAGAAACCGUAGAGGCCCCCGAGGACGACAGCGCAAAAGAAGAGAACCUGGAAAAAAACCAGCUUGAGCUGCUCUAUCACAACAACAGCAGUGUUCGCUCUAAAUACGAGCUAACAACACUGAGUGAGGUGCAGUGUUGUGAGGGGAAUGGUUUGGGUUUGGAGCCAAUUUCUAACCCGACGUUCGUCAGGCACACCAAUGGACUCCUGCCGCAGGUUGCGAUUGAGUUCCCAAAUGUGAAACGGGUGAAGGCCAGGAGAGACUCCCAGUAUCCCACCAAGAGGGAUCACAUGAUCUGUAAAUGCCUGUCACUCAGCAUCACCUACGCUGCCACCAUCGGCGGGCUCAUCACCAUCACUGGCACCUCGACCAACCUCAUCUUUGCCGAGCAGUUUAACAAUCGGUAUCCAGAGGCAAAGGUGAUCAAUUUCGGCACAUGGUUUAUCUUCAGCUUCCCCAUCGCCAUCAUCAUGCUGGUCCUCACCUGGCUGUGGCUGCACUUCCUCUUCCUGGGCUGCAACUUCAGGGAAACGUGCUCAUUGAGUAAGAAACGCAAGACCAGGAGAGAGAUGCUGUCAGAGAAGAGGAUCCACGAGGAGUACGCAAAACUGGGACCCAUCAGCUACCCAGAGGUGGUGACCGGUGUUUUCUUCAUCCUGAUGACACUGCUGUGGUUCACCAGAGAGCCAGGUUUUGUGCCCGGCUGGACAUCCCUAUUUGAGAAGAAAGGCUACAGGACUGACGCGACAGUCUCCGUACUUCUGGGCUUCCUGCUCUUCCUCAUCCCUGCCAGGCGACCCUUCUCCUCCUCCUGCUCCUCCUCCAGUUGUAGGAACACAGCAGUUGACGAGUCCGACCCCAUGGCUCCCAUGAUCACCUGGAAGGACUUCCAGAGACUGAUGCCGUGGGAGAUCGUGAUCCUGGUGGGUGGCGGCUAUGCGCUGGCUGCUGGUUGUAAGGUGUCAGGUCUGUCAGUGUGGAUCGGCAGACAGCUGGAGCCCAUGAGUGGUCUUCCUCCGUGGGCCGUCACCCUGCUGGCCUGCCUGCUAGUGUCAGCGGUCACGGAGUUUGCCUCCAACCCUGCGACCCUUACCGUGUUCCUGCCCAUCCUGUCAGCGCUGUCAGAGACUCUGCGCAUCAACCCCCUGCACACUCUGAUCCCCUCUACCAUGUGCGUGUCAUUCGGGGUCAUGCUUCCAGUCGGGAACCCCCCCAACGCCAUCGUCUUCAGUUAUGGCCACGUGAAGAUCAGCGACAUGGUGAAAGCAGGAUUCGGGGUGAACCUGAUUGGUGUGGCGGUGGUGAUGUUGGCCAUCACCACGUGGGGGGUUCCCCUCUUCAACCUGAAUGAGUUUCCAGACUGGGCAGUUGCCAGGAACGUCACAGGGGGCUUAUAACCACCACUGAAUCACUGAGAGACAGAGAGAGAAAGAGAUGGGGCAGUGUUUCUGUAAGAAGAAAACGAUGUCAAGAGGACCGUCUUGCUCAAAGUUUAUCCCUUGAUUUGACGGAUAACUAUAUCUGAAAAAGGAAGAAAGAUGAAGAAAAGAUGAUGAAGAAGAGAGAGCAAAAACAAUACCUGUUGAUGCAAUAAUAAGUAUUAUAUUUUAAUCACAAGGACAGAAUGCCUUUGUCUGAGUGGCCUCUGUGUGGCGCUCUGACUUCCAGCCAUAGGAUUGUAUUUUAUCUCUAUAGUUUGAUAGAGAUUCUGUUUUCACCAAAUCAAGAGAAAAUAUUACUCAAGAGUUCAAACAUACAGUAUUUGUGGUGAUUAUUUUGUUUUUGUGAUUCAAAAUAGUGAUUUAUGAAGUGUUUUCAGAGCCACUUCAUGCCUUAUUCGUUGAUUUUUAGAUAGAAAUAAGCUAUAUGGCCAUAGUAAGUAAGCCUCUUUGUACUGCAUGCUUCCUGCUGCACUUCAAUGUAUGACUCUUUUACCAGAUCAACAUGGACAAGUUUCCUGAGACAAUUUGAAGUGUUUUGAUUAAUCCAUUUGUCUGCACUGUCCAAUGUAAAGCCAAAAACAUGCAUGAGAAGAGGCUUCUACUAAGGCUGAUAAUGUACUGUAUACAUGCAUGCUGUCCAGCCUUCCAGAUGUGCCUAUUGUCUUAUGGUGUGUUUUAAAAGGUGAGUUUUGUUCUUUGGGCAACAAAUUGGAAGAUUGCUUUCAUUUACGUUCUUUAGAAAUAUCCGCCUGAUAUCUUGACCAAAGCUACUCAAGCUGAUCAUACUGUGAACACACCAUAGUGACUUUCCAUAUUACUGCCUGUUAUACCGACACUGACAGAUUUAAUGCAGAGCAACUUGGAUCAACGCCUUCCUCCUUAAAGCAUGGAACACAGAAGUGUAGCUGCUUUUUACUGUGCAAUAUCUCAGACAGGAUUUUAUUAGAUACCAUUAAUAUAUUAAGAAUGUAAGGUAUAGAUAGCUGACUUAACACAUUUCCUAAACUUUGUAGCCUUUCCUUAUUUUGCUGUUUAAGUGGAUUUACACACUCCUGGCAUUAUUAUGUUUGUUGACCUGUGUGCCUUCGAUCCUGAAUUAACUUCCCUUGCAUAAUUACUUCUCUGAAAUCUACCUGAUAUGCCAAUAUGAUGUAUGAAAUAUAUGAUCAAUAGUCAAUAGCUACUGGAGUUAACACAAACAUAUUUUAAAAACCUGUGAUGUUAGCAUGUUUAUCUACAGGAUGAUGUUUGUUUUCUGUUUGUGGUUACCCAGGAGGAAAGACUUUUCUCCUGGCAUGUGAAGGUAAAAAGAAAGUUGGAAGGCAGCAAAGUGACUUAUUUUGUUUGAAUGCAGCACCCAAAGCUUUCAAGGAAGAUGUGUAGCACAGGGUUGGCUUGAACAAUAGCUUGUUCAAUUAAAUGUCAAAUCACAAUUCUGUUGUCUGGAGGUGAAAAGGCUUACAUGCAAUGUACUGUGCAAAAAACAGCCUUUAUAUUUUUUACACACAUUUUAAUGCAAUUUGUGACUUUUUAUAUCACUGCAUUAUAAGUUUAGGUCAGAGUGGGUACAGUGAAAAGCCAUAGAUGCUUUUAUUUUAUAAUUUUUCCUGCUCAUACAGCUUCAUGGUGUAAGAGCAGCACUCCUUUGUAAAUAAAUACAGAUUUGUAAUAUAAAGUUGAUGUGCCUGUUUCCAAAUGAGCUGUACUAUUCUUCAUUGUGUUGUACAUUGAUGUCUCAGAGAAAAACUAGAGUUGAGAUGAUACAACAAUAAAACCACUGAAGGCAUUGA